AUGACAACUCCGACUUUGAUUAACCUUCCUCCACCCCCUUCGGAUCCGGUCACUCCUUCGGACAUGGGCCCAGGGACCCCGAACUCUGGAACCACCUCCCUCUCGGCUCUGUCCACAACCGCCAUCAAAGACGGCCAUCAAGGCCAGCCUCUACCUCACGGUCGCCAUGCGCACCAUUCGCCUUCCACCUCCUUGAGUUCCACUACUCUGGAAGCAGAACGCGCCGAUCGCAUUUCUCGCCUGGCGGGGUUAGAACGGGUGGCCACCGCGCGGGCGGGGGGUUCGACUACUUCCCAACCGACCACUGUGCCCCCGAAUAUGCAAACUCCAGGCUACUUCGACAGCGGGAUGGGACUGAAAGAGAGAAGCACGGUGGGUAGCGCUAGCGCCACGGGCAGUGUGGGAGCCCGCACGACCUGGGCCAGUAGCAGCGAUGCACCCGAUGUCGAUAAGAUGAGCGAAGACCCCGACGACGGCACAUCCAGCGUGGGAAAUAUCAGCGAGGGAGAUGCCAGUCUGGUCGGGUUUGGAGAGGGUGCCAGCACUAUCAGCGGCCCCAUCUCGCAUCCCGGGCUCAACCGCACCUCCUCUGGAGGUCGCCCGACCUCCCUGGGCAGUCCAACGAGUCGAUCCAACCCCAUUGCGUCAUUCUCUCAUCUGUCGGGCGAUAGCGCGAGGGCGCCCUCUGCGAUGUCACCGACGGGAUCAGUCACCCCCGAGCCCGCACAAGAUGCUCGCAUGGUCGACGGCAUGACCUAUGACCGUGACGUGGUCGACACAACGGUGAGAACUCCCCGAAUGGCGACGCCGUCGGAUCCAGAUGUGCCUGGCGAUCCGAUCAGCGAGCAGCGUCUCGGUUGA